AUGCCGAUCACUGUUACAAGCGGAUACAUUACAUUGCGGUGGUGGGGUUCAUUUCCAUGGAAACGCAAAAGGGAAUGGAAGGGCACCUUCUACAUGCAUUCGUGUGUGAAGAUGACAAUGGACCCGUACAACCGGCAACUGACACCGCUUUACGAGCGCUUAAAAUGUUCACGUGUCAACGGGAAGAAGCCACGAGACUUUAAUAAACUGAGCGCCAACAAAAUUGAAAAGUCGAGUGAUUACUGCAGGAUAUAUAACAAAAGGAAUAGCGAGCUCAAAAAUGCUCGUGAAGAUUACGACAGCUUCCUCGAGUUUAUCCAGAGUAUACCCAACUAUAUAGAAAUUCAUCAUCUCUCGAAUGAGCAAUUUAAGCAGAAGCUUGACUGUCUGAAACGUAAACAGCGAAUCCUCUUGAAGAAUCUACGUAACUGCCUUGAGCAGGAGGAGAAAGAGGAUGAAAUUGCUACAAGAUCCAACGUCGAAAAUUGCUAUAGAGAUCGCCCUAUAUUCAUGAAUGAAAAUAAUUCUGACAGCCAUAAAAGCAUUCCAGAUGCUGAACUAAAACUUAAAGAUAAGCGUUACAACUACGGAGAGCCGAAGAGCAAUACUUUGUUCUUGCAUCCUUCUAGACGAAGUUUCUCCUGCCUAACCAAAGAUCAAGAUUUCCUUAACUACAGAUGCAUGGAGUAUGAUAAGGCUAAAAAUAUGGAACGUAAUGAAGAUGUAAUAUCGGAAAAUAAAAUCUGGAGCUCCGAAAGUGAAUUGAAAAGCAAUGAGAGCUUAGAAAAUGACAAUCAGGAAAUAAGCGUCGAGACCAAAAGUUUGCCAGCUCACAGCACAAAAAAAUGGCAACUCACUCUAUCCAAGCCUUUCAACUUCACACUCAAAGAUGAUGCAGAGAAAUACAUCACGAUGAUAGAGAAAGAGGCAGAUAAAGAAUGUAAGAGUUUUACAACAAAUAAGAAGAAUCUGGCGAAAAAGAGACGUAUAAAACCAAUACCCUUAUCAUCGAAAAUUCCUUUGUAUGAGAAACUUAUGGCAGCAAAAGAAGAAAGAAGCCGAAUUGUACGGGAAGAGAGCGCUUUAAAUUUAAUGUCGCAAGUACAACCUUUUAAAUUAGAAUGCGACCGACGUGCACUCCGAGCUUUGACCCACUCGAGUCCCGACCUCAGAAAAAAUAAGAGCUGCUAUAGCAGCUCAAGAUUCAAGGCCAAGCCCAUACCGAGGAACCUCUUUAGUAUCGACGUUCACGAUACAAUGCUAGAAGAUGCAUAUUUCAGGAAUCUGCAGAAACGCAUAAGAGCAAUCGAACUAAUGAGAUCAUCGUCAUUGUCACCAUCUAUGGCGCGACGGAGUUGCUGCAAGUCCUCAUCGAGCUCGCGCUCCCUAAAGGCUUCAUCGGAGGAGAGACGACAUCGCAGCGUCGGAUGCGAUAACAGUUCAAUUGUUUUCAACCGCAACACGCCUCUAUUCUCCGAAAGGUCAAGACCUUCAACAAUAACAACAACCUUCCUUCCACAUGGUAACAACUUGGCUGCACUGCUUAGAGCUCAGGUUUCUAGAGAAAAACUAGAGCGUGAUAUCAAAAAACAACUUGAGGAGAAUCGUCAAGAUCAAAUGUUAAGAUUACGCAAAGCUUUAAUUAGCAAAAAACCAGCAUGGAGAGCUCUCCGCUCUGCGGCAAGAAAUGAACACGAGAGGGAUUUAGAUUUUCGUACAUCAUUACGACGAGAUGAAGCUCGAGAACAAGCGGAUCGUCAUCGUAUCCAAAUGGAAAUGAUGCUCGAUCGUGUUACGCAAAUCCCUACACUUUUCGAACGCCACUCUCAGGAUGAGACGAUGUUACAGAACUUCCAGUCAUCUCUUCGCCUGUGUCCAAAGCUUUAUGACUAUCCAAAACUCGAUCUCUGUAUGAGGAAGAAGUCAACGCCAAAGCGCCAAAGCUCGAGCAGCGCAUACUCCUACGCAAGUCUUGCAAGCAGCUGGUGUACAAACUCUGGAUCGCUCACGAGCUCUUCAGGAACACCAGUUUCCGUUGCCCAAUCCACCAGCUUAAGAUGCACAAGUGACAAUCUCGAGAAGAAGAAACAAAAAAACAAAGAGAAGAAAAAACAGGAGAAGGGCCUUCUCAAAGUCUCUAUCAAUGAGACAGCCGAACUUAUCCAAGACAUAAACUAUAAAGAAAAUCCGAGCCAUUUAGAAGAACCAUGUGACAAGACCAUGAUCCAUAGCGAGACUAAAACCCACCAGAAACAAUGA